UUCAGACACGCAAUAGAGCAUUUCUUAAAAUAUGACUUUUAAAAUUCUUAUCCACCUUCUUGUCAUAUAUCAGAUAAGCUGAAGCUCUUCUUGAAGUAUAAUAAUUGAUAAAUAUCACUGAUAAAUAUUUUCAUCACCACUGAAGCUGAGUAUUGCAAUGUUCUUUAGACUGGGCUUAAAAUUUAAAACUAUAAAGAAGCCACAACUGGUGCAAAUGCAAUAUUCCAUCUAUUAGUGGGUGCCCUAUAUCACUGGUUUUGUGAAAACUACACCGUAAGGCUUCCAAGUAUAAAAGGCUGAUUUUGAUCUAUAAAGUACUUUAUGGCUUGGCCUUCUAUGGGGUUGCGUAUUUCAGAAGGAACUAAUUCACCUGUUCUGAAAGGGUAUGUUGAGUGUCUCCCUCCACCACCACAGGUGAGAUAAGGAGUGGGGUUUGAAGUUCCAUUUUUCUAGCUCACCUUCGGUAUUAUAGAACUUACCUUGAAUAUUCAAAUGAUGUCUCCCCCUAACAUUUUUGGGGAAAUUGUCAAAAGUUGCUUUGUUGGGGACAUGUUUUUUUGGUUUUACAUUAGUAACCUGCAAGGACUUUUUUGUUAAGCCAGCAAUAUAGAAAUACCAUAAAUUAAGACAGCCAAUUAGAGCAGAAAUUAGAAGCGUGAUCCUCCAGAUGCUACAGGAUUUCUAACCCUUUCACCACAUUGGCCAUACUGGCUGUGGUUAAUAACUUUUGUUAACAAAAGUUCUGUGCCCGAAGGAUAUGAAAUAUCUAUAGCAUUAUUUGCACAUAAAAAUAAAAAGUUCAAUGAUGAAUGAAUUCCAGUUGUAAUCACUGAUGUAUCUUUCAGAAAUUUGCAAGUUUUGUACCAUUAUCAGUUGAUCUCUUGCAAGAAGCCUGAAGUUUAUAACAGAAAUUAUAUUGGUGUCCAGCAAAAAUAUAGAAUACCUAGAGUCCCAGGACCAGGCGAUCAUUCGUUUGCGCUUAUAUAACAGAAAUUGGCCGUCACGAACAGAGUACAGGUAGCAGAGGGAGGAACGCAAUCCCGCAUGUUAGAUUUACUUAGAUGGCAAUCAUACAGACAGAAAAGAUUGCAAUCUCCUGCUCCGGACUUGAUCUACACGUACGGCGGAUAUUUGUGCCUGAAGCUGUUUUGACUGGUUCCCUCCAUAUACAUCCAUAACAAAUCCAAAAGCAGACGAAAAAAGGUAGCAGGUAUUGCUUGCGUGGAACAGGUUCAGUUCUAACCUUGGAGCAUUCUUCCCAGAUUAAUAUUGAAAAGACUAACUCCUCCUCAUUCAGUUCGUUCCGAAAGAAAUCCACUUGGAUGACGGAAACUAGCGACCCCGUUCUUCCAUCAAGCGCUAAUGACCACGAAAGAAAUCCGUCUCGGAAUUUAUAUCACAGAAUUGGGAACGGAAUGAAGCAGCAGUCGCCAGGCGACCAAGCUCCGCCUUCGGCCAUGCCUUUCUCCCCUCUCUUCUCAGCACCGAUUCCCGCCUGGCAUGGGCGGGGACUCUUGUGGAGUGAUUGACAGUUGCUAUAGUAACAGGCUCUUCUCGUCGCCAUUUUGUCAGUUGGGCUUUUUUAAAAAUAAUUUUUCUUCCCGCCCGAAUUAUAACUUUACGUGGAUUAUUUUUUUCUUCAGAUUUCGGUGGCGGAGGGGCACCUUCCCUUUGGACAAUUGCAUCGAGACGAAGCGGAAGGACUCCGGAUGAGCGCGUGUGCGGUCUGAAGUGAUCCGAAGCGCAGUUCCUGAGAAGCCGGCUCGGCGGCGGCGCUCAGAAGGGGGAGGAGAGCAGGCGGCUGGCUGGCUGGCAGCAAGCAGGCAGGGAGGGGGCGCGAGUGAGUUCCCGGGGGCUCUGUUCGGCGCUGCGCCGUGCUCCCCUCUCGCCCGUGCCGCUCUGACUCUCUCCGCUCUCCCUGGCCUGGGCUCAAGCAGCAGCUCCUGAAGCCGACACCACCGAGCUCUGCCCGUGCCCCGCUGCCGAUCGCUGCGCAGGUUUGGAACGCGCGCCAUUUUGUGAGCGAUAGAAAAUCUGCCCGGCCAGGAAACGCCGCGGAUCCGCCCGCCGGGCCGGGCUGCCCUCCUCCAGGAGAGGGAGGUGCGCGAUUGGCUCCGCUUCGGGGCCAAGGCCCUGCUCUCUUUUGCACGGGCCCCGAGCGUGUCGGUUGAAGUGAUCCACGCCGGGUGAGAAAGACUGCGGAGAGGCUGCUGGGUUGGGCCGCUGGCUGAGGAGGGUAAUGAACUGAACCCACCCGCCGCUGCCGCCACUCACUCCCCUCCUAAAUCCCGAGACAGGAGGGAGGCCUUGGUCAGCACAGGACAACUGCGGCAGCCCGGACAGUAACCAGAGGCGGCCACCGCCCCGAUAUACGGAUUUGCUGCUGGCCUCUUCCACCCACCCUACAGGAUGGUAUGAGAUUUGAAAGAAGACGAUGCAUACAGGAGGAGAGACUUCAGCAUGCAAACCUUCAACUGUUCGGCUUGCACCAUCAUUUUCAUUCCAUGCUGCUGGCCUUCAGAUGGCUGGACAGAUGUCCCAUUCACAUCAGCAAUACAGUGAUCGUCGACAGCACAACAUAAUCGAACAACGAAUUUCCGUACCAUUUGCUGAUCAGAUUCAGCAGCCUCCUACUAACCAGAGGCGAAUGCCACUAACUUUCCGUGAUCCAGCAGCUGCUCCUUUAAGGAAACUGUCUGUGGAUUUGAUCAAAACAUACAAACAUAUUAAUGAGGUUUACUAUGCAAAAAAGAAGCGACGACAUCAACAGGGACAAGGAGAUGAUUCUAGUCACAAAAAAGAGCGGAAGGUUUAUAAUGUAUAUGAUGAUGACAACUAUGACUACAUUGUGAAAAAUGGGGAGGAAAAAUGGAUGGAUCGUUAUGAAAUAUUCUUAAUAGGCAAAGGUUCAUUUGGACAGGUUGUAAAGGCAUAUGACCGUGUGGAACAGGAGUGGGUAGCUAUUAAAAUUAUAAAGAACAAGAAGGCUUUCCUAAAUCAAGCCCAAAUUGAAGUGCGACUUCUCGAGCUUAUGAACAAACAUGACACAGAAAUGAAAUAUUACAUAGUACAUUUGAAGCGUCAUUUUAUGUUCCGAAACCAUCUCUGUUUAGUUUUUGAAAUGCUCUCCUAUAAUCUUUAUGACCUUCUACGGAAUACAAAUUUCAGAGGGGUUUCAUUGAACUUGACCCGAAAGUUUGCACAACAGAUGUGUACUGCACUGCUUUUUCUUGCAACUCCUGAACUUAGUAUCAUUCACUGUGAUCUAAAACCUGAGAACAUCUUGCUAUGUAACCCCAAACGAAGCGCGAUCAAAAUAGUUGAUUUUGGCAGUUCUUGCCAGCUUGGACAGAGGAUAUAUCAAUAUAUCCAGAGUCGUUUUUAUCGAUCACCUGUGCUAUUGGGAAUGCCUUAUGAUCUUGCAAUUGAUAUGUGGUCCCUUGGUUGUAUCUUAGUGGAAAUGCACACCGGAGAACCUCUUUUCAGUGGAGCAAAUGAGGUUGAUCAGAUGAAUAAAAUAGUGGAGGCUUUGGGUAUACCACCUGCUUAUAUUCUUGACCAAGCACCAAAAGCAAAAAAGUUUUUUGAGAAAUUGCCAGAUGGCUCUUGGACCUUAAAAAAGACCAAAGAUGGGAAAAGGGAGUACAAACCACCUGGAACCCGUAAACUUCACAAUAUACUUGGAGUUGAAACAGGAGGACCAGGAGGGCGUCGUGCUGGGGAGUCUGGUCAUACUGUAGCUGACUACUUGAAGUUUAAAGACCUCAUCUUAAGGAUGCUUGAUUAUGAUCAAACCCGAAUUCAACCUUAUUAUGCUCUGCAGCAUAGUUUCUUUAAGAAAACAGCAGAUGAAGGUACAAAUACAAGUAACAGUGUGUCUACAAGUCCUGCUAUGGAACAGUCGCAAUCUUCAGGAACCACUUCUAGCACAUCUUCAAGCUCAGGUGGCUCUUCGGGGACAAGCAACAGUGGAAGAGCACGGUCAGAUCCAACACACCAGCAUCGACAUAGUGGUGGACACUUCACUGCUGCUGUACAAGCUAUGGAUUGUGAAGCGCACAGUCCUCAGGUUCGACAGCAGUUUCCUCCUCCUCUUGGUUGGCCAGGAACUGAAGCUCCUACACAAGUUACUGUUGAAAACCAUCCAGUUCAAGAAACCUCUUUCCAUGUUACUCCUCAGCAACAAAAUGCAUUACAUCAUCAUCAUGGAAAUAAUUCCCACCACCACCAUCACCACCACCAUCAUCACCACCAUCAUCAUGGACAGCAGGCCUUGGGUAGUCGGACCAGGCCAAGGGUCUACAAUUCUCCAACAAACAGCUCGUCCACCCAAGAUUCCAUGGAGGUGGGCCAUGGUCACCACUCCAUGACAUCCCUGUCUUCCUCAACAACUUCUUCCUCUACAUCUUCCUCCUCAACUGGUAAUCAAGGCAAUCAGGCCUAUCAGAACCGCCCUGUGGCUGCUAACGCGUUAGACUUUGGACAAAAUGGAGCUAUGGACGUCAAUUUAACGGUCUAUUCUAAUCCACACCAAGAAACUGGCACAGCAGGACACCCAACGUACCAGUUUUCUGCUAACACAGGUCCUGCUCAUUACAUGACUGAAGGACAUCUUACAAUGAGACAGGGAAUUGAUAGGGAAGAAUCUCCCAUGACAGGAGUUUGUGUUCAGCAAAGUCCUGUGGCCAGCUCGUGACUAAACUGAAACAGAUUUGUUUCUUGUGUGUUUUUAUAGAAGUGGUGUUUUUCCAAAAAAAAAAAAAAAGUGCAAAGCUGCUUGAAUCAGGAGGAGAUAGACUUAUUGAACCGCUACAGAAGGGCAAAGCUAACUAUUUUUUUAAACUUGAACAGAUUGCAGUGAAGUUUUUAGAGCCAUGUUCAUACCUAUCCUAGAUAGCUUUGAGAAGAUUUCUCACCUUUUUGCCCGUUUUAAUUAUUACAACCAAGUCACAUAUAUAUUUUUCCCCUUGUUCAACAGAAUGAAAAUUCAAGAGUUGAUCUUAGUUGCAAGCAUAUUUUAAGGCAUGCCCAGGAUCAUAUAAAUGGGCAUUUUGAAGUUUUUGUUUCUUUCUUUUUUAAUAUUAAGGGGGAGGGAUGGGGAGUAAUAAUGAAUUUCCAUUCCCUAAACAUACAUGAACACAAAAAGCAGUACUGUAAGGAAGAGGGACCCUAAGAUUACAAAACAGAAUCUUUAGCUGUAAAAAGGAUGGUUGUAAUGGUGUCCAUGAGACACAUUAAGCAUGCUAAGUGGCGGUGAUUAAGACUCCUUAUCUGAACCUACUGAGAAUCAAAGCAGCAAUUAUAUUGGGAUUCUGUGUCUCAUGUUUGAGGCUACAAUCAGUUAGUAUUGAAAUAAGACUGGUCCUGUAAGUAAGGUGCACUGAGAAGCAAUCAGCAGGUUGGUCUUGACCAGUCCAGGGAAGUCUUAAGUGGUGGUCUUUGGGAUAACCUUUGGCCUUAUGGAUUUGGACUCUAAGUUAGAAGAGCCUACCAUUUCAGAUGCAAUCACUUUGGGACAUGCUUUUGCAGACAGUCCUUAAUGCUGAAAACACAGAGAAUGGGUAAUUCAAGAGGCCUUUCUUUUAAAAUAGACUUUGUGACCCACAUAUUGUAAGGUAUUGCAAGGUCACUUUGCGUGUGUCAUAAAGCUGACUUCCUUAUUGGUUGAAGGUCACAGGAGUAGUGGUUUGCUUUUGAUGAAAAUAGCUACAACUGUGUUCCUCUCUGCUUUUCACUUUCUUUUUUUUCUUUCAUCCUACGUCUUCUUCCUCUUUUUGCUUUUUCUGGGCACGUGGUUUCUCCACUGUUACUUCUGCACAAAGAUGUCUUCUGUUCGACCUGAACAUUUUUAAAAAUGCAGAAUUUUAUGUGACUGCUUUUUUGCCUCACAAUUAUGCUGUGAAUUUUACAAUUUUUUUUUCUUUUUUGAUAAUUUAUUGUACCAAAGCUGUUUUUAUAGCACAUAGAUGUCUGUAACCAAUAAUGUAGCAGUUCUGCACUUUGACACAAGGUGUAACUAGACCAUUUUUAAAUGUCAGUUGAAAAUUAUGGCUGUACUAUUGCUUAAACAAAACUGGAACUGUUGUUUAUUCAUAGCCAAUACAUUUACAACAGUCUGUGUAUUGAACAUGAUAGAUAGGACAUCUAAUUCAACACUGUAACAUCUGUUGCAUUAUAAAUGUGUUCAAGCUUCUGAAAGUAAAAGGGACAGUAAAGCCAGAAGCUAUGAAACCAGCAGUUAAUUUGUUGUAUCCCUUAUUAGCAUAAAUGUAAACCUGAAGGCAAGACCUUGAUUGCAUGAACAGAUCCAAAACACUAAGAUGAGUGAAGUAAAAAAAAAAGUGAAAUCUGAGGCUGAGUAGGCUGUACUUAACAGGAGGUCUGCUGCCUUAAUCAGUUUGGCAGUUGCUAAAUUUCAGAACCCUUUUGAAGAUUUUUGAAAUUACGAAUAUGAACAUUGUGAAUAAAAUAGAGGAAUUAGGGUAAUAAGUGGUUAUCUUUCCAGAUUAACACUGUUUUGCCCUUUACACGAACAGAAGCAGUAAUCUACCUCUGCCAGUAACCAGUUAAAGGCCAUUCAACAAAUACCGUGCACUUCAGACUGGUUAGUCCUUAUAGCAAACUAGGUUGGUUCUCCUGAACAAAUUUUUUUCUUUCUUUUUAUAAUCAUUCCUUAUAUUGGCAACAAAGAGGCUGAAUGCAGUGGAAGUAUGAAAGAAUGCUUUAGAAAUAAGGAGUUUUUGUAAAGCAACUUUUUUAUCAAGGUAUCCAUAUUUAUUUUAUAUUGCGAUCUCAAGCCUGUGAAUUGAUGUUUUUGAACUUCUGCGGUUCAAAAUGUUUGCUGGGCAAAAGGCUGUCAUCACAACAAUGGAGCAUUGAGCUUAGCAAUACAAAAUGGAAUCCAAUAUGUACUGCUGUCUAGGAAUAUAAGGGUAACAAAUAUGGGUAAUUUUUCUUGUGCUGGUUGCCAUACCUUAACAAGCACCAAAAAUACUGUUUUUAAAUUUACAUAAAGAAAAAUCAUAAACUCUAGUGCUUCUGCAUACUGUGUUAUGUUACAGUCCAGUUUUGUGUGCUUUACUACACAGUUUGGUUACAGGACUUCUGUGCAUUGUAAACAUAAACAGCAUGGAAAAGGUUAAAUACCUGUGUUCAGAUUGUAAGAUCUAGUCCGGACUUGCUGUGUAUAUUGUAACGUUAAAUGAAAAGACAAGCCCUUUGUAUUAUAGUCAUGCAGUCUUAUGUAUGAUAAACAGUUGAAUAAUUUGUCCUCAGACUCUUUACUGUGCUUUAAAAAAAUAACUUAAGAUAAAAUGUAAACAUAGUAAAAUCUUCCUAUGCAAUUAACCUACUUCAAGGCCUGGUCUGCUAGGUAUGAUUAUAGUAACGUGUAAAUAUUAGAAACAUUUGAGACAGAUUUUAAGAAUAUGGAAGUAAAACUUGGAGGUGUAAUAUAUUAUUUUGAGUUUUUAAUUCAAAUAGCAAGACAUUUUUUGAAAUGCC